GCCUAGCCGCCGCCGGCCGCGGUCUGAGGAGUCUGAGGACCCGGAGGUGCGGGGCCGGGAGCCACGAGGAGCCUGGACGGCAGCGGGUGCACCCAGAGUGGUCCCGAGAGUGUCGGCCGCCGCUCGUCGGCCGCCCCACUUGCAGACCCCCUCCCCUCCGCCGGGACGCGGGAGAGCCCGGCGCGCGGCGGGGGCGCGAGGUGGGGCCGGCGGGGGCGGCCAAUGCGAAACUGGCUGGUGCUGCUGUGCCCGUGCGUGCUCGGGGCCGCGCUGCACCUCUGGUUGCGGCUGCGCUCCCCGCCACCCGCGCGCGCCUCCGCCACCGGCCCCGCAGAUCAAUUGACCUCAUUUCCUCGGUGGGAAUCUAGUCACUAUGACGUGGUAGUUGGUGUGUUGUCAGCCCGCAAUCACCAUGAGCUUCGACACGUGAUAAGAAGCACCUGGCUGAAGCACCUAACACAACACCCGGCACUAAGGCAACGCGUGCUCGUGAAGUUCAUCAUAGGUGCUCGUGGCUGUGGCGUGCCCGUGGAGGACCGGGAGGACCCCUACUCCUGCAGACUGCUCAACAUCACGGAUCCAGUUUUGAAUCAGGAAAUUGAGGCGUUUGAUCUUUCUGAAGACACUUCAUCGGAGCUCUCCGAGGACCGAGUCGUCAGCGUGAGCUUCCGAGUUCUCUACCCGAUCGUUAUUACUAGUCUCGGGGUGUUUUAUGACACCAGCGAUGUGGGUUUCCAAAGGAACAUCACUGUCAAGCUUUAUCAGGCUGAACAGGAGGAAGCCCUCGUCAUUGCUCGCUUUAGUCCUCCAAGCUGCGGUGUGCAGGUGAACAAGCUGUGGUACAAGCCUGUGGAGCAGUUCAUCUUACCAGAGAGCUUUGAAGGUACAAUCGUGUGGGAGAGUCAAGACCUCCAGGGCCUCGUGUCAAGAAAUCUCCACCAAGUGACAGUAAAUGAUGGAGGAGGAGUUCUCAGAGUCAUUACAGCUGGGGAGGGUGCAUUGCCUCAUGAAUUCAUGGAAGGUGUGGAGGGAGUUGCAGGUGGUUUUAUUUAUACUAUUCAAGAAGGUGAUGCUCUCUUACAAAACCUCCAUUCUCGCCCUCGAAGACUUGUUGAUCAUAUAAGUAAUCUCCACAAGGAAGAUGCUUUGCUGAAGGAGGAGAGCCGCUUCUAUGAGGAUAUUGUUUUUGUGGAUGUUGUCGACACUUACCGAAAUGUUCCUGCUAAGUUGUUGAACUUCUAUAAAUGGACUGUGGAAACAACCAGCUUUGAUUUAUUACUAAAGACGGAUGACGACUGUUACGUAGACUUGGAAGCUGUAUUGAACAGAAUUGCCCACAAGAACCUGGAUGGUCCUAACUUUUGGUGGGGAAAUUUCAGAUUGAAUUGGGCAGUUGACCGCACCGGAAAGUGGCAGGAGCUGGAGUACCCCAGCCCUGCUUACCCUGCCUUUGCGUGCGGGUCAGGAUAUGUGGUCUCCAGGGACAUCGUCCACUGGCUGGCCAGCAACGCGGGGAGGCUAAAGACCUAUCAGGGUGAAGAUGUAAGCAUGGGCAUUUGGAUGGCAGCCAUAGGACCCAAAAGAUACCAGGACAGCCUGUGGCUGUGUGAGAAGAGUUGUGAACCGGGCAUGCUGUCUUCCCCUCAGUAUUCUGCGCAGGAGCUGACAGAACUGUGGAAACUGAAGGAGCUGUGUGGUGACCCCUGUCAGUGUGAAGGAAGAUGAUGGUGACUUAAUUCGCAGUGUUUAAAGACGAGGGUAGGCGAAUGGUAAUCUGGGUGUGAGUCUGAGGACAGCCAAGGUGUGGCAGGGAUUGUAUGAUCCUUCAGGAACAGAGUUCUAGGCUGGCCCUUCUGAAACCAGUGUGGUAUUUCUUAAUGUUUGCACAAAGUUUCCUUUUUAAAAAUCAACUGAUAUUGUAGCAUAAGAAAAACUGUAUUCAUGUGUUGGAAGAUGAUUUGAAAAAUACCAAAUAGUUUAUAAAAGAAAAAAUAUUUCUAAAUCCUGACAGGUGAUUCACUAUCAUUUUUGGUUAAAACUUGGCUUGUUCAGAGAUCAUUAGUAACCGAGUUGGAAUUUCAGCCUGGAUUGCAGCAUAGCUCUCCAUGUAGCCUAAUACGGGCCAAAAACAACUCACAGAAAUGGCUUUGUGAUCAUUUAUGAGCAGUGGUCACUUAUACCAAAGUUUGGGGUUUCUGGACAUAAUGUUAGAUUCUGUGGGUGUCUGAAU